UAUUGCUUGCAAGUAGGUAUUAAAAUGGGCUCAAUGGAACAACUCUAUACCAAAAUCUGUAGCCCUAAUUCUGAUUUUUGAAACAUGACUAAAAUGGCUAAGCAUAAUUAGUCUAUGAGUUUUAUAGGAUUUAAACUUUAAUCCAAUUAUUUUACUGCAUACCAUUUUGUAUAAUGUAUAAAUAUAUACUAAGACUUAUAGUUUGUUUGAUUUUAAUUUUCCCACCAAAACUAUAAAAUCAAAAUUUUAUGUUAAAACUGUAAAUUAAAAUUAAUUUAUGUAAAAACCGCAGAAACUGUUAAAGAUAAUGUUUGUGAUUAUCUAUUUAGAAAAUAAAGUAUAUCUUUUUUUUUGUCUUAUUAGUCAAAGUCGGUCUUUGACUGAUAUUUAUGACCGACUGAUGUUAUAUUUUAAUAUUUCUCUGUCACUAUAAAUAUGCAUGUAUCCUCUUGUUUAUUAAUUGAACAUCUGAAGUGAAAAAGCUACUUUCUCUCUUACAAAACUCUCUCUCUCUCGUUGUUUCUUUUUAGAAACACAAAAACCCAAAACACAAUAAACUCAUAUUACAUCUCUCUCUCCCCAUCGCUGUCCACUCUACUUUUAAUAUAAGCCACAUAUUUUUAACUGGUUUAUAACACGUUAUCAGCACGAAGCUCUGACCAACUGAAGUUUAUCAAUCCAAAAGUUCUUAAACCAGCUAAGAUAAUGUUUAAAUUUAUGUAUUUCAAUACACUUAAUUUAUUUAAAUUUUAUUAUUGUUUCGGAGUAAGAGGCUGGACCUUCUCCGUUCGGGAUGAUAGGCGCUGCCUUCCCCGACUGAUUGUUAUGGUAGGCUAUGCCUUCACGAUCAGAGAAACACGUGGUAGGCUUUGCCUCCGUGAAUAAAAAGAAAGGUCAAAAAUGGUAGACUAAGUCUCCUCGGACCUUAAAAUAAAUAAAGUCAAAAUGGUAGACCAUGUCUCCUCGGACUUUGAAAAAAUGAUCAAUAUGGUAGUCUAUGACUCCUCGGAUCAUGUGGUAGGCUGAGCCUCCCGAUUUUAUUUAUGCAAUUUAAAUUUCUGCAAUUUAAAUUUCUGCAAUUUAAGUUUAUGCUUUUAUUUUAUGCCUUUAAUUUCUGUAUUUAAAUUACUCAUUUAAAUUACGCAUUUAAAUUCUCGUAAUUACUAUAUUUAUAUAUAUUAUUCUAUGAAUACAGUUAUCAUGUCGAAUUUAACAAAGCUCGAAAUUAAUGCCCUGGAUAUUACGGGAAAUAAUUAUAGGGAAAAUUGGAUAAAUAGGACACUUUGAACUUGGAUUUGUCACAUUAGGAUUUCUAGAAGAUAUUUUAGGAAAAUAGGAUUUUAGAUCUUGUAAAAUACCAAAGUACCCUUAAUUUACCAAUUAUGUUGAAUUUAAAUUAUAAAUUAUAAUAAUUUUCGUAAUAGAUUUUAAUGUUAAAAUUAAAAUCUAUAAAAAUUAAAAAAUAAAAAAAACACUAAAUGGGAAAAAAGGAGACGCGGGAUGCCGCAAACCUAAUUCCCCUUUCUCUUUGUCUUCUCCGUCGUAGACUCGUCGCUCUCCCACGGCGAUUUAGGGUUCAACGGUGAGAAGCUCUGUUCUUCGUCGGUGUUUCAUCAGCCCGUGGUCUCUACUCUCGUCUCCGUCACCAUCCUUUUCGAUCUCACUGAAGACACAACGGCUGCGAAUCGUUCUUCCUCUUCGUCGGGUCAAAUCGAUUUUCGAAGUGUUCUUCCAUCAAUUUCGCCUCUCAAUCUCACAAUUCUUCACAGAAGCUAUGUCUGAGGAGCUACCGAAGAGGCUUUUUAAGGAGGGCGAGGAGCCCCGAGUUACUCAGAUCAACAACAACUGCAGGAUCGACUACAUAAUCCGAAAGUUCCAAGCGUGGCUGCCAAAGGAGUUGGAUGUCGUGAAGAAAGACCCGGUUUUUCAUCAGAUUUUUAAGCUCCAUGAGAAUGGUCUUGGAUACUCUGCGAGGGUGAUACACAGCUUCUUGUGUAGGGAGCUGGUGACUUUCUUACAGCACGAGCUAUGGUUUGUCUUUGCGAGGAGACCGCUUCGAUUCUCAUUGCAAGAGUUCCACGCCGUAACCGGGUUUGAAUGCGAUACUCACAUUUCGAUUGAGGAGUUUGAAGAGUGGAAAUAUGAUGGUGGUUUCUGGAGCAAGGUUUUGAGGAGAAAAGAUGGAACAAUUACACUCUUCAACCUGUGGACUAAGGACAAGGAAGCUGUAAAGAAAUGGAAGAAUGCAGAUCGCAUACGUCUUAUCUACUUGGCGAUCAUUCUUUGUGUGGUAUUGGCGAGAGAUGAGAAGGCUAAUAUCCCCCUGAAGUACAUCGCGGUGGUCAUGGAUCUUGACAGAGUUCGAAGGUAUCCUUGGGGAGUUGCUGCUUAUGACCUUCUCUGCAAAUCCAUAGCCAAAAAUCGUUCCCAACUGAAGGAAAAGACCACUAGCUAUGUCUUGGAUGGCUUCUCAUACGCCUUGCAGAUUUGGGCAAUGGAAGCGGUGCCAAAAAUCGGGAAGCUUUGUGGAAAAAAGCUGGAUAAGGGUUUCAAGGACGGUCCUAGAUGCAUAAACUGGAUGGGAGCUGCGAAGGUGUCAUAUGAGGAGAUCAUUCGCUUGGAGGAGAUUAUUACACCCAAGGAUGACAUCUACCCAUACAUCUCAUGGACAGGAAAUUAUGAUGUUGUCAAAGCUCAGGCGUUUCGCAGAGAUGAUGAUGUGGAGGAUGACAGAAUCAAGGUUCUGAUGGAGAUGAUAAAGAAGGGGCAUGAUUUUAGUGAGCAUGUUUGGGAAACUGAAGAAAAUGAAGUGAUUUCUUUAUCUCUCGAUGACGAAUCAGCUGUGAAUGAUGAAGCAAGCGUGAAUGUUGAAGCAGCCGAGAGUGAUGACGACUUUCAGACUCCGAAAGGAUCAAAAAACGUUGGUUCUAGAUCAAAGAGGGGUAAAAAGAGGCUUCCCGAUCGUGGUAUGGAGAAGAGAAAGCAUAAGGUUCUCGCAAGUGGCGCAAAGCAAGCUCCUUUUAAUGAAGACAUGAAGGCUUUUAUGACACAGUUGUUUGAGCACAACUUCUCUGGAAUGGAACAAAGGAUACAGAAACAGAUGGCCGAGACAUUUGAGCAGAUGCGGACAGAGCUUAAACAAUCACGUAAGGAAGCCAGCGUUGAAGUUGAGCUUGGAGAGCCUUCACCGACAAAGCCAUCGACGAGCCAGGCACCGUUGAGGAGGUCCACACGCGGGGAUGGUUCCGAGACUACAUUCGAUGUGAAUUAUAGUGAAGCAGAUGAUUUGGGUCGCGGGAUAGGUACACAAGGGGUUGAAGGGCUUUCUCAGACGUCGUAUGUGCCAGGCUUUGAUCCAUCUCAGGACAAAAAAGAAGAAGACUGGUGGACUCCAAUGACUUCGGUCCGAGGUUCAGUGGAUAAUCCAGUAAAGAAAGAAAAGACAGAGAUGAAUACAGCUCCACCGCCGUCACAGUGGGAGAAAUGGUGCAAAAGAAAAGGUCAUGGACUUCAGCUUAGCGAUUCACCAUUGCCAGAAGAUGCUUCUCCGCAGGCGUCACUUUAUUAUAUCUCCGAAGAGUCAUGGAAAGGAUUCACGGAAUGGGCAUUAAAGCCUAUACCUUUAACAAUUGGUCCUACAUGCUUUAAUUUGUCUGUAGCUACAAGAGUAGUAAGUGCUGGAAAAUGGCUUGGAAACGAGGUAAUGAAUCUUGUACUAACCUUUAGUGAAUUUAUCUUCCUAACACUUCUUAUAUGCUAUAUUACUUAACUUUCAUUGUAAAUUUUUAGGAGAUGGAUGCGGUUAUGUUUAUAUGGCGUGUGAACACUACAUUGAAUCGUUGGGCCCCUCGGCGUGUUGCUUUCAUGAGUGCUAUGUUUUGCCUCCAAGUAGACGCUGCAUACAAGAAGUUUUUACCAAACAAAAAAGCCUAUCAAUUGCCUGAUUUCCUUCUUGGGUACGGCAGAGGAGAGCUUCCAUCUCAUGGGCGGACUGAUCUAGUUUGGGGUGUUGAUGUUGAUCGACUCUACUUUCCUCUGUUUGUAAAUGGUAACCAUUCAGUUCUUUUUACAUCCUAGUAUACAUUUCUUCGUUUACAAAUUUUUGUGGACACGAACGCAGGUAAUCACUGGGUUGGUGUCUGUGUAAACAUCAUUGAAAGAAAAGUAGAGGUC